GUCAUCAGUAUCUGAUCAGAAAAUAAAGAAAAUUUAUGGAUAAGUAAUAAAAAGUCUAGUUUUGAACUCAAAGAAAAUUAACCAAAGAUUCUAGAAACCUGUAAACUUUUACUGUAAAUCACCACAAAUCAAAUUACAUGUAAAGAUGUCAAUUUCAUGUAGAAAGACAAAAACUUCUUAUAAACAAAUAAUUACUUUAUUAAGUUGGAUGAAAACAAAUUUCAGGAAGCUGUGAUAAAUAAAAUAAAAAUUAUAAACGCAACGUAAUUAAGUAAGUAAGUAAGUACAAAACAUGCUAAAAGUAUCCAAAAGUAUCCACAUUAAAUUAAACUUUAAAUAUUCUAAAUGAUCCAGCCAAUUAUUACACCAUUAGAUAAAUAAUUAGUUUUUAUAAAGUUCUAAAUCUUAUUACAGAUAUCAAGAAAAAGGAUUUGUAUUGCCAUUGUUUAAUAUUUUAUAUGUACCAAAAAAUAAACUGAUGGAUAACAGAACCGCAUAAGAAAUAUGGAUAUAGUUUGGUUUUCAAUAAAUUAAUAGUGGUUAUAAACUACAUGUAACAAUAAGAAAAAAGAACUCUACAUGUGUCAUUAAAGUACAAAUAGCAUUUUAUUAUAAAUUUUAUUAUAAAUAUGAACAAUUAAGAGUUUAAAGUUAUAAACUAUAUGAUCUGUAACAAGUAGCAAAAAACCCAACACUGAAAAAAAAGAAAACAUCUAUAACUAUGUAUGAAUGUAAAGAUACAUUUUAUUUAUUUAAUUUAAGAAAACAUAAAUAAAUGUUGAUUUCCAUUAAAAGAAGAAAUCGUGUUAAAAUGUUAUGAAACAUACAAAGUUUACAGAAACAAGCAAACAAACAACAACAACAACCCACAAAGGAUUAAAAUGUUAACAUGUAAAUUGGUAUUACUUCAUGAAUGAAAUAAUCCAAUGUUGGGAUUAUUAAACCUGGAUUAUUCAGGUUUAUGGAUUAUAUUAAUUUUAUAAAAAAAAUUAAGUGAAUUUCAUCAUCUCAUAAACAAAUAUAUUCCUAUAGAGAGUGAAACAAACCAAUAGAUAAGGGCUAUAGAUAUAGGUAAGUACAGGUAUAUAAUAAUUAAAUAGUUAUUAUAAUAACAAAUAAUAAUCUAAAAAACACAAAAUAAUCAAUAGAAGUAAAACCAUGAACAGAAAACACCAGAGGAGUCCGCUAGUUGUGACUUUAUUGAUAAAAUAAUAAAAUUUUUUUAAUAUAAGUAUCAUGUUGUGUGUGUGUGUGUGUGUGUGUGUGUGUGUGUGUGUGUGUGUGUGUGUGUUUACCGGCUGCUUUAAAGCGGCCCUGAAAAAAAAAAAAAAAAAGGAAAAAGUUUGUGAAAGUGUCCUGUGACGUCACGCUCCCACAAUGCUUACCGCCCCAUAAGCGCGAGCUGCAGCCUGAGGAGCCACACGACUCUCAGGCCCCGAGACCCGCCACGAGCCGCUCCACCACCCCGCGACGCAGCGCGACGCCCCGCUACAGCCACGACCAGCCGCUCGAGGCCGGCAGGAGCGGCGGCGGCGCCGGGACUCUGCCGUCCCCGGGGUUCGGGUCCGGCCCGGUCCGGGAUGGACGCGUCGCGCGGCUCCAUGUGAAGCUGACUAAUGCGCUGCUGGAAAGUUUUCGAGCGGUAAAGAUGCAGAGCAGUAUUUCCCACUCACCACCAACCAUAGCUGUUGGGACUGGGUGAGGAGCAGAGAAGGCGAGAGAGGAGAGAAGAUUCGGCGACUGGAGAAGCUUUGACGAACAGAUUCGUGCGACCCUUGAUGCUGCAGCGAGACCCUCAGGCCUUCCCGUGAGCCGUCAGCUCGCCCUGCCACGAACCCCGCCGCCUUCCCACGUUGAGCCUGCGAGGCAGGGGAGCCACGAGCGAAUCUUUCAUGGCAGCGGCACUCUAGGGCUGCCAUGGCAGCUGCUGCCGCCGAUGCCUCACACCGUAUUACCGCACUGAAGCCGGAGGAAGAGGGACGACGGACUGCCGCCAAGCUGUUUGGGUGUGCCGCCCCGCUGCCACGGACAGAGAGAGAGCGAGAGCGAGAGAGGGGGAGAGAGCGAGACCGGGAGAGGGAAGAGGAGGGAGGGGAGGUCGGGAGAGCCGGCGGCAGCGAGUGUCUGGUGUGCGGGGCGCUGUUCGCCUCCCAGGAGAAGCUCCGGCUCCACGCCUUGAGCCACACAGGAGAGAAGCCCUUCCACUGCUCACAGCCACACUGUCCCAAGGCCUUCAGCUCCAAAUACAAACUCUUCAGGCAUAUGGCCACACACUCUCCACAGAAGACCCAUCAGUGCUCGUUCUGUGAGAAAAUGUUCCACCGCAAAGACCACCUGAAAAAUCACCUGCAGACUCACGACCCGAACAAGGAGGCCUUCAAGUGUGAGGAGUGUGGGAAGCACUACAACACCAAGCUGGGAUACAAGCGCCAUGUGGCCAUGCACUCUGCCACCGCCGGGGACCUCACCUGCAAAGUGUGCAUGCAGAGCUACGAGAGCACGCCCGUUCUCCUGGAGCACCUCAAGAGCCACUCGGGGAAGUCCUCCGGCGGCGCCAAGGAGAAGAAACACCCGUGCGACCACUGCGACCGUCGUUUCUACACUCGGAAAGACGUGAGGCGGCACAUGGUUGUCCACACCGGGCGAAAGGACUUCCUGUGCCAGUACUGCGCGCAGCGCUUCGGCAGGAAAGACCAUCUGACGCGCCACGUGAAGAAGAGCCACUCGCAGGAGCUGCUGAAGAUCAAGACGGAGCCUCCGGACAUGCUGGGCCUCUUGGCCACGGGGUCGCCGCCCUGCGCCGUCAAGGAGGAGCUCAGCCCCAUGAUGUGCAGCAUGGGGCCCAACAAAGAUCCGAUGAUGGGCAAACCAUUUCCCAGCGGAGCCCCCUUCCCGAUGGGCAUGUACAACCCCCAUCACCUCCAGGCCAUGUCGAAUUCCGGGGUGGGCCACCCGCACCCGCCCCUCAUGCCUGGCCCUCUGUCUGCAGCUAUGGGCAUGGGAUGCCACAUGGAGUCCCCGGCAUCCCUUCACCCACACUCCCACCACCACCAUCACCAUCACCACCAUCACCACCACCACCAUUCCCCCCCUCUGCCCCCCCACCACCAGCCUCCGGCUCCCCAGCAGCAGCACCAGCCCCAGCCUGCCCCCAAGUACCAGCUGGGAUCUACCUCAUACCUGCUGGACAAGCCGUUGAAAGUGGAGAUGGACAGCUUCCUCAUGGAUCUGCAGAGUGGUUUGCCAGGCCCGGUUCCUUCCGCGGAGCCCCAUGCUGCUGCCUCGCCGCCCAAGGACGGACUGGAGCCCACCUCGGGCCUGGCCGACGAGCUUUUCGGGGAUCCCCUCCUGUCCAAGAGCCCCGUGGUGAUCGCUGAGUCUCUGUGCGCUGCUAACAUGGACUUCUCCCAUCUUCUGGGGUUCCUGCCCCUCAAUCUGCCCCCCUACAGCGCCCCCAUGAGCACUGGAGGGCUGGUGAUGGGCUACACCUCAUCCGCGACCUCCUCCUCGACCUCCUCCUCCUCCUCCUCGUCUUCCUCGUCUCUCCACGCCACCGAGCCCCACGCCACCGCCGUCGUCACGGCACCUCUUACCUCUUUGCAACCGCAACCUCAGGAGCCGCAAAGCUCCAGUGGGGGUCUGGGCCUCGGACCCCUGCACCCGCUCCCACCAGUGUUCAGCUCCAGCCUUAAUACCACCACACUGCCUCGCUUCCACCAGGCCUUCCAGUGAGGGCGCCUCCGCCCGGCCCGGCGUGGGCGCUGGGCGGCCGGGCCUCCUCCACGGCGCCGGAUCGAUAAGCUGGAGAAAUAGCAUUAAAGGAAAUGAACACGUAGAAGCCUUAAAUGAAAGUGUGCACAAAAAGCUUUUGAUUGAGCCUUAAAAAGAAGGUAAACCCCUUUGAGCAAAAAAGGAAAAAAGGUGAGAGAAAACGUUAAAGCAGCUUUUAUUUGGGCUUUUUUUUUGUUAUCAUAUAGUUAUAUUGAUAUAUUAACCCAUGUUUCUUUUUAAAUUGACAUUUAUUUCCCGUUUUAUCCCCCUUCCAUACCCUAUCUAGUAGUAUAGAGGGCAGGAUCAGUAGGCCAAAAGGCGUGGUACUGCAUACUUAUAAAAGGAAUAAUAAUUAAAAGAAAAAAAAAAAAUCAAAGAUUACUUUUAGUGAAGAUUAUCUGUCUUGUUGUGACCCAGAAAAAAAUAUAGUUUGAAGUGAAUAUUUUGUUUUUACUUUGUUUUUGUUUUUUUUCUUUUCCAAAUGUAAGAACUUGGUAGAAUGUGUCUCAUCUUGAAUUUUGAACCACCCGCGCUUAAUAACCUAAACCCCGGACGGCGGUCAGCGGACGGAGAACCCUCGACGCUCUCCUCCGGGUGGCGCCGCCGAAAGCCGCUAAACCCCGAGCCUCGGAAAAAAGUGCUCUUCAAAGAAGAAAAAAAGAAAAAGAGAGGUAACGGCAGCUGACGCGCUCUUAGAGACGUCAGCUCGCUUCAGACCAGCUCACGAGAUUCAAAGCUCGUUUAGAGGAUGAAAAAAAAUGAGGAAAAAAAAAAAGGAAACGUGCGCUCAAGUCCCUCAAGAGAAGCACUUUUUGUUAGCAGAAGGCACUUGACCGUCUGUCUUCUCCCCGCUCGCCACUGCCGGAGACUCUUCAGAAAGAAGACCUUCCUCCCUCCCAUCGGCCCCCCCAGCAUAUCUAUUAGAAAAGAAAACAAAUCUUUAUUUUUUUGAACACAGACACAUUUUUUAGGCGCUCUUUCAAAAAGAUGCAUCAUCAUGGUAAUGAUGAACCCUGACAUAUGUGAAUGACGACAAACAAGAACAAAAGAAACACAGUGAACGAUGAGGAAAAAUGCGUUAAAGAAUGUUAUUGCAGUGUACGAAAUAUCUCAAGAGAAGAAUAUUAUAAUUGCUUUCAUCUCAGUAAGGUGUAUUUUAGUUAGACGUAUUAAAACUAAGUGAUGAUGUUUUUUUGAUGUCUGGCAGGUUUACAUUUGUGUGUAUCUUGCAUUUCUUUCUCUUUUUUUUGAUCGAACAAAUGGAUGAAGUAUUAGCUUUUUCCCUCAAGCUUUCUCUGUCAUACUCAGUCUUUACGUGUACUUGAGUUAGUGUAGCGGAAUCAGAACUGUGGAUGGGAAGUAUUUAUAGAGGGCUGUUAGUGGCUCGCCGUGGAUUAGGAUUUGAACUAGAGCUAGAUCGUGUCACAGGGAUGCAGGUCGAUAAGUGUUAGACUGUUAUUCUUUUUACAGUAUGGAUGCCUGUAUGUCUAUAGAAGCCCUGAGUUUGGGUGAAAUUCGGUCUGAUUUCGCUUCGAUCUCAGCGGUUCUGCAUUUCUCUGGUGUUCUAACCCUUCACCACCAGCCUACGAAAAACCUCAGCCCAAAGUUAACCUAAGCCUCAACGUUGGAGGGACACUCUUCCUCGGGGGGGGCCCUUCCAUAUCCGGAGGGAAGCCUUCAAUCUGUAGGGAUGCCCCCGUUUUUGUUUCAAACCUGGACAGCUAGCUGCCAUUCACAGUGACCAGAAUGCACCACGUCCCGGUUUUCUGCUCGUUCAGGAAGUCAACACAGACACAACGUGCUGUCCAAAACACAACGCUGAUAUUCAGAUUGAUUCAAAAAGUUUUGUGUUACUCCUCAGUAAUAAUAGGCUGUUCAACACAUUCACUCUAAAAACUGAUUUUCCUGCAUCAGGAGACACGGAUAAAUUAAGACCUGUCUCUGAGUGAACGUGGCCGUGAGGCAGCCUGAAGCCUUGAUGAUCCCUCCGCCGUGCCUCUUUCUGAUUACAGCACGCCUCCUGUGUUUAACAGCAGUGAACUGAAAGAAGGAAGCUCAAAGGAGAUCGCUUUACUUCUCAUAUUUAUUGAUUUUUAACCAUUAACAGACUCUUAAAGUCACCCUAACAAGGUACAGCAACUUUUUAUCUUCUGUUAAUGCAGAAAGCUAGAACAUAAAAAAACCAAAAAUCCUACUUAUUUGAGAUCUAACUUUAAGACUUUGUUUUUAUCACAUAUUUUGAUCUAUACUAAUUUGCUGAUGUUAGAUUAGAUGCUAGAUCCACGUCCCGCUGGUUGUCCACGUUUUCCACAGCUAGUCAAACUGCAGAUCGGUGCUUCAGAGGAGGCACUGUGUGUUUCUCCUGACCUAAAUGUGGAUCACGUUGCUCUUUUUGACCCAUACAUGCAGGAAACCGGACCUGGUUAUAAUCUGGUCACUGUAAUGUAGCUUCUGGUGUCUGCAGCGUCAUGCUAACGUUACAGCGUCAUGCUGACGUUACAGCGUCAUGCUGACGUUACAGCGUCAUGCUAACGUUACAGCAUCAUGCUAAAGUUACAGCGUUCUGGAAAACUACUGCUUCAAAAGUUCUCCAUUUUGGAUUCAAGCUGCUUCCAGCUUUCUUCCAGAGUGAUUUGAAAAACUCGGGUUUGAGACGUAACGACCUGAAACAACCGUUUUGCUGACACGUGAACAGCAGCGGUCUCUGAAAGCUGCUUUUUAAAAAUUCACCGUUUUGGGGAAACGAUCUAAAUGUUAGCACGACCUGCAGACACACCUGCCCGGGGCUGGAAGGUCCCUCCGGCCGCCUCGAGCCCCGAACCAGAGUCAAGUGAAAGUAAAACAACAAAAAAAGUGAAAAAACAGGACAAGCCUAGCACAUAGUGAUGAAAAGUACAAGACGUAUUGCUGCUUAUAGCUACGGUUGCCGACGACGACUGUAGACCACUAGAACAUUUCAGACGUUCUCUGAGGAACGUUUCCUGUUCCCUCUGCUCCUCCUCCUCCUCCUCCAGCUGCUUCGUAGAGUCAAAGGAAAAAGGGUCUGAAAAUGAGAAGCGGCGAUCCCUGGACGCCGGCGCCACGCCGCCCCCCCGCCCCCACAGAGCUUUGACAUUCAAGGCAGCAGGGGGCGCCGUGCGCGCCGCCCCACGGGUCGCCCAGAGUCAUAUAUUUGUUUUAUUUGUUGUCGUAUGAUAUAUUAUUUUUUUUUUCUGUUUGUAUAAAACAGGACCUCGAGAAAAAAAAAAAAAAAACAACACAACACAUCACCUCAUUUUUUUUGUUUGUUUUUAUUUUUCUUACCAAAACCUUGGGAGAAGAAACUACGUUUUUGCACAAUUGCUUGUUACAAAAUGCUACGAGUGUUAACCUCCGAUAUAUAUUUUUUUUAUUAUUAUGAUAAAUAUUCUGACUAUACUGUAGGAUGUGAAACCUGACGAUGAGCAGCUGAUAGCCCCCCCCCCCCGCCCUGCCCGGACCCCCUCCGCUCGGAUGGGAGGUCGGAGCAGCCGACAAUUUGGACGCAGUUUGACUGUUUAACCCGACCGCUAAAAGGCCCAAAUGGCAGAAAACCAAGUUUUGAGCGCAUCUGGCAGGUGAUAGUCUCCCCCCUGGAAAGUCACUAUUUUGAUGGUGACUGGUGUAAAAAUGAUCGAACCGCGGUUUGAUCUUAAAUAAAUUAGCUGUCGGCACCUUUUUGAGAAUUUAAUUUACUAAAAGAAAAAAAAGAAGGCGAGAAAAUUAUGACAAAAAAAAAAGUUUUCUUGAGGUAACGAAACAAUUGUCUCCUAUUGGUGAGAUUUUAUCUCACUGCUUCUGAAUCGCAGACAGAUUUUAAUUUUCAUUUUAAAGGUGCAGUGUGGAAGAUUAAAGUCAUCACACUUUCCUGUUCAGCUAUUCUACAGAAUAUAAGUUGUACCUUUUUGAAUUGUUUCACUAUUCAUAUAAUUUGAAUAUUAACACAAAGCUGCGUAACCUAUCUGUGACCACCAGAUGUCACUGUGUGACCACAGAAAGCUGCUACAGUCCAACAGAAGAACUGCUGGGUGUGACUGACAGAGCAAGAAACAUGUCUCCAGGAAGAGAAACUGUCACCGUGAUGCAGACAACAGAAGGUUCUAGAACAUUCAGAGCAGCACUAACAGUUGGAUGCUCUCCAGAACAGAUGCAGUCAGAACUAAAGCGCCAGGACGACGUUCUCUUCAUUCAGGAAAACACAGUGUUCCACGCUGCACCUUGAAAUAAAUGUCUCCUGAGAUUCAGAUUCCAUUUUUAAUAUGAGCUUAAAAAAGUAGUUUUGAAGAAAAGAAAAGAAUAAAGUUUGGCUCAAGCCAAAAUUUGUAGCAAUCAAAAUGAGCAUUUUAUAUUUUUGUAACAAAUUUUCCUUUAAAUCCUAAAAGAAAUAAGAAUUAAAAAGAAAAGAAGUGUAGGAAAAGCUUUUGGCAUGCAUUGAGUUUGUCCUCCCCGGGUUUCUGUGAGCUAAUCUGAAUUCUAGCACUUUCAACCUUUAAAAAAAAGAGUAUUUUUUUUUCUUUUAAAUUUCAGCUUAUAUGUUCAUAUGUUUUUAAUUUUGUAUUGAUCCUGUACAUGUAUGUGCCAUUAGUUUGAUGUGUAGACCUUUGUGUAUUUCUCUUCUCCAAAAGAAUAACAGUAUUUUUGAUAUACCUUUAACUAAUAUCAUAAGAGCCCUUUUGCCCUUCUCCUUUCAGAGUUUUUUGUUUUUGGGUAACCGAGUCUGCCUUCUCUCAUGAGUUUAAUCACACUGUGGCCGAGGCCAGAGCGGCGGCGGGUCGGCGAUCAACACUUCUCUCCUGGACUGAGGGAAAAGUGUUUUUCAGGCUGUUUUCGGUCAAUAAUAUGGAUUAAUAUACAGAAGCCCAUCGCUGAACAGUGAAGACAGAGAGAGAGGGCCGGACUUCAGGAUCUGCAGGGAAAGCUUCCUGACGUGACAGAGAGAAGAUUUCUCUCAUCAAAUCCUCAGAAUAAUCCAGUGAAAGCAAAACGUCGAUGACAGACUAAUGAGAAAAUGAUGAAAAGUUUCAAAAUCUGAGCUGAAAUCACAACUUCUUUCUCCUUAAACUCAUUUUUUACCCUCAGAACUCUAAAUUGAACUCUUGUAAUUAAGACGUCUUUUGUCAUGACCGCACCACAUUCUGACUGUUCUCACUGGGAGCACCAUCCAAACUCUGAAUUCCAACAUGUUUUCUAUAUUUUCCUAUAAAAUCAGCUUCAAAUUCAUUUUUAAAACAAUUAACAAAUUUGUUUCUUGCAAUUUUAUUAAAAAAACAAACAAAAAUGUUUAAUGAUGCCGAUUUUUUAAAAUGUUUCUCUUAAUAUAAAUGAUAAGAUAUGAUAGGCAUGUAUCAUGUAUUGAGUGCGUCUGUGUUUUGAUCUCUGUGACGUAUUGGAAAGAGACUCCUGCCUCGCUAAAUUAAACGGGACUCCCUUCCUCAGUCAGACCUGCAGUGGUUCUAGUCUAGACUACCUCUGAAUCCGGACUGACUGCCUUUACGGUCCUGACUGCAGCUGCAGAGACGCUGUGAGUCGUGUUUCCCUUCAGCGGUGGGCUUCUGCCGGCGGACCGACCCUGUCCCUGACCCCUGACCCCUGACCCCACGGCGGACCUGCUGCCGUCUCGGCCUCGGCUCAUUACCUCGACCUGCACCUGCUAGGGAUGCACUUAUCCUCUCCUCUCUUUACUAGGAGGUGCAGCACACUCUCACUCACACACACACACACACACACACACACACACACACACAACACACACACACACACACACACCCACACACACACACACACACACACACACACACACACACACACUCUCACACACUCAUCUUAAGGGAAUGCGUUCAUCAGUGGAAAGCUGAGAAAAGCUGAUGGGAUUUGAGGAACUCUCUCUCUCUGUCUGCUGCAGACGACAUCCACGUGUAGUUUUCUAUAUUUCUAGCUUAAGUCUUGCAUUCCAACCUCUUUGUGUAUCUUGUUUAGUGACAUAGAGACAUAUUUUAUCGCAGUCGCCUCUGGAACACGAUAAGGUGAAAUCGACUAUUCGCUCACAGUUUAUCGACUACAGGGAGAGUUCUCCAAACCAGGAAGACAGUGGAAGUCUUGCUUUUUUUUUUUCUUUUCUUUUUUUUUUUUUUUUUUUUGUUACAUAUCUCACAUGCAAUCAGUUGCUGCAAUGUAAAAGUGACAGAUUUGUAUAUUGGUUGAUCCAAAGAGAUGAUGAACACAACAACAGAACUAUUGACUUAUUGUACAGUACAGUGUAUCUUUGAGUUGUCAUGUGUUAUGUUGAAAUGAUUAAAAGACGAACCAGCGGUUUCAUA